AUGCCGUUGACGACGAAAAAUCAGAUGACCAUUGAAAAAAGCCCGGCAUAUUUCCAUAGCAAAACAGCAGCUGAGCGAAUACGAGCGUUGAAUCCGGCGAUGAAGAUCAUAAUCGUCGUAAGGGACCCAGUGAUGAGAGCGAUUUCGGACUACACUCAAUCAUCUUCGAAGCGUAAGAUGCUCGGACCAAUGCCCACAUUUGAAGACAUGGCCGUCGGCGACUGUGCGCCGUGGCUGAAGACAAACUGUUCCUCAAAAGUGGGCGGGGUCAACGUCGGAUGGGGAGCAAUUCGAAUUGGUCUUUAUCACAAGCAUAUGAAGAGAUGGCUGGACAACUUUCCAAUGGAGCAAAUUCAUAUCGUAGACGGCGAACGGCUUGUCACACAGCCGGCAUUGGAAGUCAGCCAAACGGAAAGUGUAAAAGCAGAGCAUUUUGGCGUCGAUCCAGUUAAGAAAUUCCCAUGUGUUCGCCGACCUAAUGGCAGUCUCCAUUGUCUGGGGAAGACGAAAGGCAGAAAACAUCCGUACGUACGUGCAGAAGUCCUUCAACGACUUCGUCGUUUCUAUGCCCCUGAAAAUCAGAAAUUCUUUCGAAUGAUUAAUCGAUCGCUUGCUUGG